CCAAAUGUUUUUUUCCUUAAAAGACCAAUAAUAAAAACAAAAAAGUCAAACUCAAGACGACGACGCUGCAGGGUAGCAAAGUCCAUCAUUCCCGCUACCCCAUUAUCAUCACUCUCUGUCCACUCUACAUCAUUUCCGAUCCAAAACUCUCACUUAACAACACAAGAAUGGGUAAAGGAGGUGGUUGUGUUCCCAGCAAGAAAAAGAUUUCCAAAUCUACCCUCCAAAACCCACCACCACCCAUCCCUGCCAAUUCCACCACAAACGACACCGUUUCCAUAACCGAGCCCGCAAAAACCCAAAACCUCAAACUAUUCAUCAUAUUCUACUCAAUGUACGGACACGUGGAGAGCUUAGCAUUGAGAAUCAAGAAAGGAGUUGAGUCCGUUGAUGGUGUAGACCCAUUUCUUUAUCGGGUACCCGAAACAUUAUCCGAGGAUGUUCUUGUUCAAAUGCGGGCCCCGGUCAAGGAUGAGUCAAUCCCGGAAAUACCCGACCCGGCAAUGCUUGAAGAAGCUGAUGGGUUCUUGUUUGGGUUUCCGACAAGGUAUGGGUGUAUGGCGGCCCAAAUGAAAGCGUUAUUCGAUUCGACGGGGCAGUUGUGGAAGGAGCAGAAACUUGCGGGGAAGCCUGCUGGCUUUUUUGUUAGUACUGGCACUCAAGGAGGCGGACAAGAGACCACUGCUUGGACAGCUAUCACCCAACUAGCCCACCAUGGUAUGCUCUUUGUUCCCAUUGGAUACACAUUUGGAGCUGGUAUGUUCAAAAUGGAUUCCAUCCGAGGGGGUACUCCGUAUGGUGCUGGUGUCUUUGCUGGUGAUGGAACAAGAGAGGCUAGUGACACGGAGCUGGCGCUUGCUGAACACCAAGGCAAAUAUAUGGCUGCAGUAGUCAAGAAGCUGGUUCAGGGUUGAUGACAUUGUCUCAAAAACUUAUUUUUAUAUUCAAACACAAAUAUUCGUUAUUUUUUCUUUUGUAGAUUGAUUUCAUCUCCAUUUUAUUGUUUUUGGCGCUUCACUUCUGAUUGGAUAUGAAGAUGCUUAUUAUCUUCUUUACAUCUACUGCGUUGUUUAUUA